AUGGAUAUUCUGUAUCUGCAUCAUCGCUGGAACUUCCAGGACAUACUAUGCUCUAUAUUGUCAGCCCAGGAUGCAAAGAUUCUACUUGGUACUACACAUUGCGGGAGCUCUUGCUGCUACACCUACACUUUUCGAUACUCGUGGCGGUGGGAACAAAAUACGGAAUUUGCGAGGCAUUACGUUCACGCUUUUAGGGAUCUCAGCCACGUUGAACGGCUUGCCUGGGGCCGCGUGUACACCGAGCUUGGAGCUGGCUGGUUCCUUGCGGAAGGGGUCUCUUUGCUGGUCGGCGUUGGACUUUUCGUGAGCCGUCUUUCAGAGAUAUUUAAACCAGGGAUGUUUGAUAUUAUCGGUCAUUCGCAAAAGCUAUUUCACACGUUUGCCGUUCUGGGUGGUGGAUUCCAUGUGCUCGCUUUGGUAGCUUGCUUGAACUAUCAACAUAAUCGCAGAGGUUGCUAA